CUCAGUAGAUUGCUCCUGUCUGCCUCACUGCUCAGAUUGGUUUGCGUCUGUAACUCCGUAUAGCUUUGUUUUGAAUCUCUUACUUUUAUUCAUUGUUGCUUAUUUUUUUAUUACCGUAUAUGUAUUAUUGCCUACCACACUAAUCUGACGUCGCUAGCUUGUAAUAUUUGAAUCUAAAUCGCUGUUACAACGCAUUUGCAUUUGCAGCGCUAGCUUGUUAACUUGUUAACAGUCGCUCGCGCGCUCCUUUUUCAACGCGUUCUUCAAACAGCUGUGGUAAGUCGGAUCAGUCUACAAACACGGUGAGUCAUGUCAUCCUCUCCCAGCAUUGCUACCUGUUCCAUUUGCCACAUGUUUACCAUAGCUCUCUCUGUCAGUGAUGAGGGAUUUACAUGUCAUAAAUGUAGGGAAAUAGUCAGGCUGACAGAGAGAAUCUCAGAAUUAGAGACACGCAUCCAAACUUUAAUCGAGGAUAGUAAGAAUGCAAGGGCUUCAGAUACUGUUUUGGAUGCGACUAGCUUAGUGAACUCUGUACAUUGUUCGGUUCCGGCUGUAGAGCCCGCACAGCAGGGCACUUGGGUAACGGUGAGGCGGCCUAGCCGCGGAAAACACCACUCUUCCGUUCCAAUAAGAACAUCAAACAGGUUCUCCCCACUCAGUGAUACACCCACUGAGAAUCCUGUUGAAAGUGCCCUAGUUAUUGGCGAUUCUAUUACACGGAACGUGAAAAUAGAGACACCAGCCACCAUAGUCACAUGUUUGCCGGGAGCCAGAGCACCUGACAUCAAAGCAAAUUUAAAAGUGCUGGCUAAUGCUAAUCGUAAAUACUCUAAGAUUAUUAUUCACGUCGGCACUAAUGAUGUUCGACUUCGCCAGUCGGAGAUCACCAAAAUUAACAUUAAAGAGGUGUGUGAACUCGCAAGUACAAUGUCAGGAGAAGUAAUUUGCUCUGGCCCCCUUCCUGUUCGUCGGAGUGAUGAGAUAGUUAGCAGAUUAUCAUCACUCAAUGGCUGGCUGUCUAAGUGGUGUCCGCAAAAUAAUAUAGGUUUCAUAGAUAAUUGGAAAAGUUUUUGGGGCAGACCUGACCUGUUAAAAAGAGAUGGUAUUCAUCCCUCCCGGGAUGGUGCUGCUCUUCUCUCUAGUAAUAUGGCACAUAGUCUUAGAACUGAAACAUGACAAACUGGGGCCCAGGUCAGAAAGCAGCAGACAAACUGGCUAAACCGACCGUCUGCUAGCUGCCUCACGUUACAGAAGUCAGAAAAUUCAGAUAACUCUCAACACAUAGAAACUCUUACACCUAGAUAUUUUCAAAUAGAGACUGUGUCUGUACCCCGAAUUAGUAAAAACAAAAAACUUCCAAACCCAUUUAAUGGUAAAAAUUUAAUUGAUGUUCAACAAAUAAAAAAUAGAGAUAAUAAUGCUAAACAAAUGAUAAAACUCGGGUUGUUAAAUAUUAGAUCCCUUUCUUCAAAAUCACUUAUUGUUAAUGAUAUUAUCAAAGAUAAUAAUCUAGAUGUGCUGUGUUUGACAGAAACUUGGCUAAAACCGGACGAUUACAUUACUUUAAAUGAGUCUAGUCCUCAAGGUUAUGAUUAUCGACACAAUGCCCGUCAGAAAGGCAAAGGGGGAGGUGUUGCUGUAAUCUAUAGUAAUAUUUACAGUAUUAGUCAGAAGUCUUUCAAAUAUAAUUCCUUCGAAACUGUGGUACUUUACGUAACAUUAUGUAAGUUGACAUUUGUGCUGGCUACUGUAUACAGGCCACCAGGACACAAUACAGACUUUAUCAAAGAAUUUGCUGACUUUCUAUCAGAGUUAGUACUAGCUGCAGGUAAAGUCCUUGUUGUUGGUGAUUUUAAUAUUCAUGUAGAUAAUAAAAAAGACGCAUUAGGAUUGGCAUUUGCAGAUAUUCUAAACUCUAUUGGUGUUAGACAACAUGUGUCAGGACCCACUCAUUGUCGUAAUCAUACUUUAGAUCUAAUAUUGUCACAUGGAAUCGAUAUUGAUGCUGUUGAAAUUCUGCAGCAGAGUGACGACAUCUCAGAUCAUUAUCUAGUCUCGUGUAUACUACAUUUAGUCAAGGCGGCUAAACUGCCUCCAUGCCAUAAAUAUGGUAGAACCAUCACUUCUACCACUAAAGAUUGCUUUAUAAAUAAUCUUCCUGAUCAUUUUCAUCGCCUUAGCAUACCAGACAGCUUAGAAGACCUCGAUGUUGCAACAGAAACUAUUGCCUCUGUCUUUUCCAGCACAUUAGACUCAGUUGCUCCUUUGCGUUUAAAAAAGAUUAAGGAAAUUAAUCCAAUGCCAUGGUACAAUGACCACACUCGGGCCCUAAAGUUAGCAGCCAGAAAAAUGGAGCGCAGCUGGAAGAAAUCAAAACUAGAAGUAUUUCGUAUUUCGUGGAGAGAGAGAAUGAUUGAGUACAGAAAGGCCUUAAAAUCUGCUAGAUCUGCCUAUUUUUCAAAACUCUUAGAAGAAAAUAAACACAACCCUAGGUAUUUAUUUGAUACAGUGGCUAAAUUAACAAGAAAUAAAGCUUCAACUUCUGAUGUUUCCAAAGAGCACAGCAGUAAUGACUUUAUGAACUUCUUUACUUGCAAGAUUGAUAAUAUUAGAGAAAAAAUAAUAACCAUGCAACCGUCUACUACAGUAUCGUGUCAGAUAGUGCAUUGUAGUGUCCCUGAGGAAAAAUUCAAUUCAUUUACUGCUUUAGGAGAGGAAGAAUUGUCUAAACUUGUUAAAUCAUCAAAAUCAACAACAUGUAUGUUAGACCCUAUACCGACUAAGCUAUUGAAAGAAAUGCUUCCAGAGGUCAUAGAUCCUCUUCUCAAUAUCGUCAAUUCAUCUUUAUCAUUAGGAUACGUACCAAAAACUUUUAAGCUGGCUAUUAUUAAACCUCUUAUUAAAAAACCACAACUUGAUCCUAGAGAAUUAGUCAAUUACAGGCCUCAAAUCUCACUUUUCUGUCAAAAAUACUAGAAAAGGCAGUAUCAUCACAGCUAUGUUCCUUUUUAGAAAGAAAUGGUAUCUGUGAGGAUUUCCAGUCAGGAUUUAGACCGUACCAUAGUACUGAGACUGCUCUCAUUAGAGUUACUAAUGAUUUGCUCUUAUCAUCAGAUCGUGGUUGUAUCUCUCUAUUAGUGUUACUGGAUCUUAGUGCAGCAUUUGACACUAUUGAUCACAAUAUUCUUUUAAAUAGACUCGAAAAUUAUGUUGGCAUUAGUGGAAUUGCAUUGUCAUGGUUCAAAUCAUACUUAUCUGACCGUUAUCAGUUUGUAGUAGUAAACGAAGACAUGUCAUAUCGAUCACAAGUUCAAUAUGGAGUACCACAAGGCUCAGUACUAGGACCGUUACUGUUCACUCUGUACAUGCUACCCUUGGGAGAUAUCAUUAGGAAGCAUGGCGUUAGUUUUCACUGUUACGCUGAUGAUACUCAGCUCUAUAUUUCUUCGCGCCCUGACGAAACUUACCAAUUCACAAAAUUAACGGAGUGCAUAGCUGAUAUAAAAAAUUGGAUGACCAGUAAUUUCCUGCUACUAAAUUCAGAAAAAACAGAGAUUCUAAUUUUUGGACCAAAAACUUCUUCACGUAAUAACCUAGAAUAUUGUCUAACACUUGAUGGCUGCUCUGUUAAGUCUUCGUCGUCAGUUAGGAACCUAGGUGUGCUCUUUGAUACCAAUCUUUCAUUUGAAGGCCAUGUUACUAGCAUCUGUAAAACCGCAUUCUUCCAUCUUAAAAAUAUAUCUAAACUACGACAUAUGCUCUCAAUGAAAAAUGCAGAACAGUUAGUUCAUGCGUUCAUGACCUCAAGGCUAGAUUACUGUAACGCUCUACUGGGUGGUUGUUCUGCUCGCCUGAUAAAUAAACUACAGCUCGUACAAAAUGCAGCAGCUAGAGUUCUUACUAGAACCAGGAAGUAUGACCAUAUUAGCCCAGUUCUGUCAACACUGCAUUGGCUUCCUGUUAAACAUCGUAUAGAUUUUAAAAUCUUGCUAAUUACUUACAAAGCACUAAAUGGUUUAGCUCCCCAGUACCUGAGCGAGCUCCUAAUUCAUUAUAGUCCUUCACGUCUAUUGCGAUCUCAGAAUUCAGGCCAGCUGAUAAUACCUAGAAUAUCAAAAUCAACUGCAGGUGGUAGAUCCUUCUCCUAUUUGGCACCUAAACUCUGGAACAAUCUUCCUAGCAUUGUUCGGGAAGCAGACACACUCUGUCAGUUUAAAUCUAGACUAAAAACGCAUCUCUUUAACCUGGCAUACACAUAACACAUUACCAAUUUAUAUUUCCAAAUCCGUUAAAGGAUUAUUAGGCUGCAUAAAUUAGGUCAGCCGGAACCGGGAACACUUCCUAUAACACCUGAUGUACUCGUUACAUCAGAAGAAGAAUGGCAUCUACGCUAAUAUUAGUCUUUCUGUUUAUCCCGAGGUUCACCGUAGUCAACCGGAUCCGGGCCGUAUCCAGGUGAGACCAAGGACCUGCACCUUGACACGACCACAACGCAGCCCUGACGUAUCAGCAGAGAUUGAGUCAACUAGAUCAUCCCCUGUGAAGGCCUCAUCGACACGACAGCCACGACACAGUUCCUCAACAACCGUCCAUACCGGCGUGAUGAAUACGAUCCUCAAUUGGAUGGAACUGAAAUAAAUACUUUUAAUGUUGCGAUCCUAUUGGACUUAUGAUAGCAACCUGAAUUGUAACAAAGCACUGUUGGCCAGAGGAGAACUGGCACCCCGACUAAGCCUGGUUUCUCCCAAGGUUUUUUUCUCCAUUUUAACACCAAUUUGCCACUUGUCUGCCACCUGAUGUCACCUGAUGGAGUUUGGGUUCCUUGCCGCUGUCGCCUCUGGCUUGCUUAGUUGGGGACACUUGACUUGACAUUUUGAUAUUCAACAGUGCUUUUGAUCUGCCUGCAUUGACACUAUUCUUUAAGAGCUGCUGUGCAGUCAAACAAUGUACCAGUUAUCAAUGUAAAGCUGCUUUGACACAAUCUACAUUGUAAAAAGCGCUAUAUAAAUAAAGGUGACUUGACUUGA